GUGAAGGGGAAGUAAGAACAGAGUCAGACAGACACUCUGAAGAAGAAGCUGAUAAAAAAAAAUCUGCUCUCACAUUUCUGAGAAAUGUAACUUCUCUUUUCUCUCUGCUGAAUAUUGAUCAAUACAAAAUAAGAAGUUUGAUCAGAACCAGAGUGACAGUGUCGGUGCUGGAUGUGAAGAUGGGUCACGCUCUGCUCGGUGUGUUCGGGUUGUUCUUGCUGAAUACACUCCUGUACGGACAUGCUGAAGGUUCAAACAAGGCUGUUGUGACUCUGCAGCCAAACUGGACUGAAGUAUACAGAGGAGAGAGGAUCACUCUCAGAUGUGAGAUCACAGAUGGAGGAGACACUGAGUGGGAGUAUGAAUGGAGAACAACCAGCUCAGAAAAACCUCCAGAUCAAAAUAAACACAGUAUUAGUUUUGUGACUGAAUCCCACAGUGGAGACUACAGGUGUAAGGGCAGAAAGAAACAUACGCAGCGUUCUUCAACAGGUUGGAGUGAUCCCAUCAAACUGAAAGUAUCAGACGAUCCAUGGCCUGUCCUCACUGUGUCUCCAUCAUGGCUGAGGGCUGGAGACUCAGUGACUCUGAACUGCAGAGUUAAAGAUCCAUCUGCAGGAUGGAAGUUCUACUGGUAUAAGAGGGUUCUCAAACCAUCAGACGACUCCUACAGAGUUCAGCAGCUUCCUGUCAGCAGCAGUGGGACUAAACAGGAUUCCUACAUUGUUCAUGGACAGACACACGCAGCCGAAUAUAGGUGCAGACUUGGAAGAGGAGAUCCAGAGUUUUACUCUUACUACAGUAAACCUAAGUUUGUUUGGUCUUCAGAUGUUAACUCAUCAGCAUCUCUCACAGUGAGUCCUGACAGAGCUCAACACUUCACCUCUGACUCUGUCUCACUGAGCUGUGAGGGAAACUCUACUGAGUGGAGAGUGUGGAGGUUAUUAACUGAGGAAAGAUACCGGUCAGACUGCACCACCUGGGGGACAAUGAAUGGAUCAACAUGCAACAUAAACAAGUACAGCACCAGUGAUGCAGUGUACUGGUGUGAGUCUGAAUCAGGAGAGUCCACCAACGCAGUCAACAUCACUGUACAGGAUGGAGAUAUGAUCCUGCUGAGUCCUGCCCGUCCUGUGACUGAAGGACAUUCUGUUAGUCUGAGCUGCAGAUUCAGAAAUCAAACAUCUGACUCCAUUGUGUUUUUCUAUCACAAUGAGAAAGUCAUUCAAAGUGACAGCAGAUGGGAGUUAAAUAUCUUUGCAGUGUCAAAGUCAGAUGAAGGAUUCUACAAGUGUCGACACUCAGGACGAGAGUCAGCACAGAGCUGGAUGUCAGUUCAGGCGGUGUCCAGGCCUGACAGCUCUUCAUUUCCUGUGCUGUUGGUUGUUGGGCUGGUUUGUGGAAUCGUUGCUUUUAUUCCUCUGCUGGUUUUGUUUUGCUACAGAGCGUCCAAGGCUCAAUAAAGAAAUCUGUAGCAACUAAACCAAAAGAACAGGCGACAACAUGAAAAACUCCAUCUGUACUUUAACAGCUUCUCUGUGAUCACUGUGUGCAGCUGUGCUGAACAAACAACACACAGCAUUUUGUAAAGUUAAUCUGACAGCAGCUCAUCUAAAAUAACUGUAUCGUGGUUUUAAUCUUCUGUUGUAUUUGGUAUAAAGAGUUUAGAUCGUCACAUAUAAUCAUUGAAAUGUUUGGUUGUUCACGUCCGGUAUGUUCUGACACCUUUGUUGUUCUUCAGCUUCUUUUGUAGCAUCUGAAUAAAAAGAGUUUAACAUUUAGAACAUAUAAUGUUUUCUAUGUGAAAAACACAUACAAGCUUCUUCUGUCAUUUUAUAAAUGCUUGAUAUUCACUGCAUUUCAUGUUUUUAUAUAUAAAUGACUUUU